UAAAUGACCUUUCUACUUCCCUUUCGCCAACCAGACAGCUACAAUAUAUUAGCAGCAAUUUAGACGACAACUCUCUUUCACCCACAAUACAACCAACUAAUUAUCAAAGCAUUGUACACAGAGGUUCUCCUUCUUUUUCGCCUACAAGUCAGAUCCAAUCUGCAGUCAGUAGUAUAAAUGACCAUUUUCCUCAUUUACCCCCAAAUCCCAACCCUUGUCUAUUACCAACUUUAUAGCAGACCUUUCUCCAUCUCUUUCGUUAUCCAGCGACAUGCAGUAUACUGGACCCAGUGUAAAUGACUAUUCUCUUUCACCCACAAUACAACCUCCUGACAGCAGCAGUGUACAGAGCAUUACACCUUUUGUAUCUCCCACAAGUCACCUGCAGUCUGCAGGCAGUAGUGUGAUUGAGUCUUUCUCUUCUUUUUCACCUUCCACCCACCUACUGUCCACUACCAACAGUGUAUCCGGCGUUUCUUCUACCCUUUCGCCAUUCAGCGAGAUGCAAUCAGCUGUCAGUAUUGUAGUCGACAAUAUUGCAUCGUUGAUAAUAGAAGCCGAUCUUUCUAAUUCAUUUUUGCUCACAACACAACUGCGACAUACAGGCAGCAAUGUAGACUACAAUUUUCUUUCACCCACAAUACAACCGUCUUGUGACGAAAGCAUUGUACCCAACAGUACUCCUUCUUUUUCGCCUAAAAGUGACCUACAAUCUGCAGGCAGUAGUAUAAUAAACGAUUCUCCCUCUCAUUUACCCACAACCCCACUGCUGUCUUUUACAAACUUUAUAGCAGACCUUUCUCCUUCCCUUUGGUUAUCCAGCGAGUUCCAAUAUACUGACAGCAGUGUAAUGGACUAUUCUCUUUCGCCGACAAUACAGUCGUCUUCUGACGAAAGCAUUGUACACAUAGGUUUUCCUUCUUCUUUGCUUACAAGCACACUGCAAUCUGUAGGCAGUAGUGUAAAUUCUCCUUCCUCUUCACACAUUACUACACCGCUGUCCACUACCAACAUUGCAGGUGACCUUUCUGCUUCACCUUUGCGGACUAGCGAGCUGCAGUAUACUGUCAGCAGUGUAAUGGACUAUUCUCUUUCGCCCACAGGACACUCUUCUCACAGCAGCGUUGUAGAACAAGUUUCACCCUCUUCUGUGCCUACAAGUCAGCAGCAAUCUCUAGACACUACUGGAAAUGAUUAUUCUGCUUCUCUUUUACCUAUCAUCCAGCCACAUUUUACUGAAAGCAGUGUAGCCGACCUUUCUAUUUCUCUUUCGCCGAUAAUACACCCAUCUGCUGACGAAAGCAUUGUACACAACGGUUCUCCUUUUUCGCCCACAAGUCACCUGCAAUCUGCAGUCAGUAGUAUAAAUGACCAUUUUCCUUCUUUUCUAACCACAACCCAACCUCUGUCUACUUCCAACCUUAUAGCAGACCUUACUCAUUAUCUUUCUUUAUCCAACGAGGUACAGUCUCAUUCCCUUUCGCCCUUCAGCGAGUUGCAAUCUGUUGUCAGCAUUGUUGUCGAGGAUCCUGGCUCGCUCACAAUAGAAACCGAUCUUUAUAAUUCAUUUUUGCACACAACACAGCUUCAACAUACAGGCAUCAAUGUAGACUACAAUUCUCUUUCGCCAACAAUACAACCGUCUUCUGACGAAAGCAUUGUACCCAACAGUACUCCUUCUUCUCCUAAUAGUUACCUACAAUCUGCAGGCAGUAGUAUAAUUAACUAUUCUCGCUCUCCUUUACCAACAACCCAACUGCUCUCUACUUCCAACUUUAGAGCAGACCUUUCUUCUUCUCCUUCGUUAUCCAGCGAGUUGCAGUAUACUGAGUCACAAUUCACUGCCGACAGUGUAGAAGAAUUCUCUCCGUCUCUUUCCCCCACUAACGAGCCACAGUUUACAAUAAACAGCAUAACCGACCUUUCUACUUCUCUUUCGCCUACCAGAAAGCUACAAUAUACCAGCAAUGUAGAUGACUAUUCUCUUUCACCCACAAUACAAUCUCCUUCUGACAACAGCACUGUACAGAACAAUCUGUAGACACUACUGGAAAUGACUAUUCUACUUCUCUUUUGCCCACCAGUCAGCUACAAUAUACUAGCAGCGAUGUAGAGGACGACUCUCUUUCACCCACAAUACAGCCAUCCUCUGAUGGAAACACUGUACACAACAGUUCUCCUUAACCCAAAAGCCUGAUGCAAUCUGUAGACAGUAGUGUAAAUGACAAUUCUUCUUCCUUUUCAAACGGUUUUCUGUAGUGACAUUGUAGUCAGCAUUGAAUCCUCAAGUCGCCUGCAUAAUUAUUAGCUUUAUAGCACAAAUUUACAAUUGGGUAUAAUUCAAGGUGAAGAAAGCCAGACUUAUAACAUUUCAGUUGCUGUGUACCUCCGUCUUGGAGAAUGGGGAAUGAAGCGGUGUCCUCGCAGCAACCUGUGAUGACGGCAGCUCAUAGUGUGGUUGCCACAUGGUCGUGAGGUCAAUUCAUACUCAACGUCCUGUAUAUCCGUGGCCUGCGAAUAAGAUUUUCCCAAGAAGGACACGUGCCUCGUAAUCUGCAUUGUUUUCUUUGUUGACAGUCUGCAUGUGCACUCCUAGUGCAUAUGAUUUUGUGAAUGAAUGUAUGUACAGUUUUUUAAAGUCUUGUCUACAGAAACAAAGCAUUAAUGCGGUGAAGGACUUUCUCCAAUUAAAGCAUAUAUGAAUGCUUUUAUUUUAAACGUGUAUGGGGCUAGUUGCACAAAUUGUUUUUAAAACUUAAAACAAUUCCAAAGAAACAAAAUUUAAAGUUUUUUUAAUCCCAAUUUUAUUCAGAUGAAUUGUUCUGAUGGAAUCAAAAGUCUGGCUUAAAAAAGUUUUAUUUAAGUACAAGUCCUUGAAAAAAAAUCAGUCCAUUAAAAAAAAUAAUAAUUAAUAUAACAGUU